GAGAAAAGAGAGUUAUAUGCCAUGCUAAGAAACGUCCUGGGGAGUAUAGCAGUCUUAUCUUCUCCUCUCUCUGCUCUCUCACUCAGUAGGCUACUCAAUACCCCUAUAGAGGACAUUGAUCAGACAUUAGAAGAUCUAUAUGCCAUUUUAUAUAUCCCAAAGGACCACACCCGGCCUCUCGGUCUGCACCAUCCUUCAUUCCGCGACUUCCUGCUGAAUAAUGAGAGGUGCAGCGAUCCCAACUUCCUGGUGGAUAAGAAGCAAGCGCACCGGACGUUAUUUAAUAGGUGUACUCAGCUUAUGCACACUUGUCUUAAAAGAGAUAUCUGUGGUGUAGGUGCUGCCGGUGUGUUUGUGACUGAUAUAAGCAACAGUCUAGUUGAGCAAUGCAUCCCUCCGGAGCUUCAGUAUGCAUGUCUCUACUGGGUCGAGCAUCUUAGACAAGGCGAUGUCCAACUUCAUGACGACGAACAAGUUCACCAAUUCCUUCAGAAGCAUUUCCUCCACUGGCUUGAAGCUCUUAGCCUGAUGCGGAAGACAUCCGAAAGCAUUCUAGCGAUAAAUUUGUUGGAGUCUACCGUUAUAGUAAGGAACUUCUUCUUGGGCUAA